AUGAAGCUCGAUACCAAGGGGAUAGCUUGGGCUUUAUUGCCAUGGACGGUGGCAUCCAGCCCAUUCCCAGCCGAAGAACGACUUGCUGCGCCAGAUGGCUCCACUUAUGCCAACCACAUCUUCAAUGCUCUGCAUAACUCCAUGAAGAUGUUCGGCAGCGUCAUGCAGCACAAUGGGAUGUCCGUCUUCAUUGCCACGGUACCUGAAGGAACGGAAUUCUACCACGGUACUUCCAGUGCAUAUCGUAUCAACGGAACUGAGUGGCUGGCUUUUGAGCCGGAGCAUGCCAUGGCUUUUGCCCAUCCUGGUCGGAUUCGUCGUCAACAACCCUCUAGGACUAAUAACCCGCCACUUGACGAUGAGGAGGGUGGCAGUACGGAGAAAGGCCAUGAUAAAAAUUGGAAAGGGUCAUUUAAACAUGCAAAUGAUUUCGAAUCGGAAACUGGUAGCUGGGUGCAGGAUCAUGCUCGGCACCGCGAACAUGUAAAACCAUACCGUGCAGGCUCUCGCGAUAAGUAUCAGAAAGAGUCGGUUCACCAGCAAAGUGGCUCUGAUUCGGACAACAGCGGCUGGACUCAGGAUCAUACCCGGCAACGCAAACAUGUGAAACCAUAUCGUGCAGAUUCUCGCGGUCACGCAAAACACCACAAGCUUGACAUGACUGCCGAAAGCACGGCUCACCCAGGCCUCUUCACUCGCCAGUGGAAGAGAUUGCAGUCAAUGGUCCGGUAUUUCCUAAAUGAUCAAGGGGAACACCACAAAGUGGUGGAAAGUCUCGACUCGCAAGCUCUUCAUAAAUCUCACGAUGGUCAUCAUAACAAGCCUGGCCACCAGAGUCAGUCAACUAUUGAGGAGCAUCAUGACCAGUCAUCUUCCAUGUCCACCGAACCCACGGCGGAAGAACAGACGGGAUAUUUCCACACCUAUCGCACUAAGCGUGUAUUACGUCUUGUCUACUUUGAUGGACAGUCAGCUGCAAAAUCUCUCAAGGGUACCCUCGACAUGCAAGACAUCGUCCUUCGAAACGCAACCCUAUUCGAUGGCAGCCCAGCAGAGGGUGAUGACCUACGUGCCGAUGACCUGUGUGCCAUGGCCCGCGAUCAGUGGGACAAUCGUAUUGACGGAUUCAUUCGAAUGGUCGGUGGCUUCGAGGUUAUUCUCUGCUCAUUCGCCGAUAACCUCGACGUUGUGAGCAUCCACAGCACCUACCCAUCGCGCAAUGGCGACGGAGGAUCCCACCUCAGCUAUGCCCGAGCACUUGCUACCCGAUUCGACGGCAUCGGGGGUGGCAGGGUGUCCAUCAACUACGACGACUUUGUCACGAUGUUCGCAUACCCGGGGGCAAUGUACUUUGACGAGCAGGGCCUUCCCCGGGUGGUCGACGAUGCUGCAAAGCUGGGGCCCGUACGCGCACACAUUGACCGACUAGUCAGAGGACCUGACGCGACAACCCCCGGUAUUAACUGGCAAAACGUCAUUGACAUGAUCAUGACCAGAUACCAAUACCGCAUCAGCCUGGCACUGUCUCCAGCCAUUUCCACUCACCAUGAACUUCGGCGUGAGCUCCACCUCGCUAUCGAGCCAUUUAUCAACGCGCAUGCGCGCAACUCGACUGCAGAGAUUGAGCGUUGUGCCAAGCAGUUCUGGGUCUCAGGCGCUGAUACUACCACUGUUUCGGCUCAAGCAGUUUCUCGGGUCUCGGAGCGAUUGUGCUCGAGUUUGGUUGCUGGCGCGAGCGCAGAGACUUAUGAGGAGGGCAUUGCAAUUAUUGAGGAUCUAAAGCACUACUUGGAUUGGGCGGUCUUCAGGGAGUGCAAUAAGUGCAAGAUAGACGAGGUUUGUCAGCUCCCUAUUUGGCCCUCUGGCUCCAAGGAGGAUUUCGUUCGGCCGCGGUGUGGUACCGGUCUGGCUCAUGGCUCGGGCGGCUAUUGGGACAUGAUGGGCAAAAUCCGUCAGCAUUAG